AAUUAUGAAUAUAAUUCCCUAUGUUCGGUAAACACGAAUUCUUAUGAGAUCUCACUGAAGUUUAGUGGACAAGCAAUAGCAGAGAUGUUUCGUAUUUUGUUUGGAUGGCUCUUCUGUAAAAUCCAGCCCAAAACAUUGGUCUUUGCUAUUUUAGCAUUGAUGGCAAUAGAGGGAUCAGCAAACCUUCAAACUCAGUGGAAUAUCAUGGGAGAAUUUAGCAAUUUGCCACAGGAGGAACUUUUAGAGUGGAUAAAAGUCAAUACCAGACAAGAUGCAGUUUUUGCAGGAGCAAUGCCUACAAUGGCAAGUGUUAAAUUGUCUACGCUUCGUCCUAUUGUAAAUCAUCCUCACUAUGAAGAUGCAGGACUAAGGGCCAGAACUAAAGUAGUAUAUUCCAUGUACAGUCGAAAACCUGCAAAAGAAGUAAAAAGAGAAUUGAUAAAACUAGGAGUGAAUUACUACAUUCUGGAAGAGUCAUUGUGUGUAAGCAGGAAAAAGCCUGGCUGCAGUAUGCCUGAAAUCUGGGAUGUCGAAGAUCCCGCUAAUAGUGGCAAAAUUCCUUUAUGUACCCUUCUGAGCAAGGAUUCCAGGCCGUAUUUCAUCACAGUGUUUGAAAAUAGCAAUUACAGAGUCUUGAAGAUUCCAAAGGAAUAACGUUGCAAUGCAAAGAACCAUCAGUCUCUCAACUUUUUAAACUGGCAACUAUAAGAAUUCAAAAUCAGAAAUACCUUUUCUACUAGGCUUAAAAUGGAAAAAUGUGUAUUUUAUUUUUUACCAUUUUAAGAGAAUUCUGAUUAUAGAAAUAUCUUAAACCUAACAGUUUGGAUUUCUAUUUCAGGGUCAGUCCCUUGAGAUUUGCUAUGCAAAUGAUUAUGUGUGUGCACAUUUUAUUUAACACUGAUCCAAAAAGAGUUAAGAGUAGCUGUGGAAAGUAACUCCAUUCUCAAAACCAAUGAUAUUGUGAAAUGGGACUGUCAGAAUGUCUUAGCAAAGCAAGUUUGUUUAAAGCUCUGGUGCUAGCAGCUAGGAACAAAGGAAUGGUGCUAUAGCAUCUGGCAUCGCGUUUCUCGUGUCGCUUUCAUCCCCCAUCUCCCUUCUGGGCGAGAUGAUACUAGAAAUUCUCUUAAAAGUCACAUAGUUUCACUGGUCGUGUCUGAGAGAAAGACAUUUUUUUUUCUUUGAGACGAUUAAGAACACUUGUUUUGGAUCACUUAACACAUGCUUUUAAGCUUGCUUUUGAAAUGGAAGAGUUUGUAGGCAGGCUUGAAACUUCGUUAUUUAGGUGCAUGUUCUUGGAAUCUUAUUGAUAUUAAAAAAGAAGACUAAUAAGGGUAAUAUUUGCA